AUGCUUUCUGGCAAGGAAGUAGCACAGCACAAUGGCCGCGAAAGCUGCUGGAUUAUUGUACACGGCAAAGUGUACGAUGUCACUGAAUUCCUGAAUGAUCAUCCUGGUGGAAGUCGAAUUAUACUGAAAUACGCGGGCAAGGACGCAACGCAGGAAUAUGAUCCCAUACAUCCACCAGACGCCAUUACUUCGAAUCUACCUCCGGAGAAGCAUCUUGGACCCGUACAGCCGGACACCGUAGAGAAGGUCGAGAUUCAGAUAACGGAUGAGGAGAAAGAGCGCUUUGAAAGAAUAGAACGACGUCCCUCGUUGAGCGAAAUACUCAAUCUGCAUGACUUUGAGUCUAUCGCAAAAGAAGUUAUGCCCGUCAAAGCUUGGGCCUAUUAUUCAUCUGCUGCUGACGAUGAAAUUACCAUCAGAGAGAAUCAUGCUGCUUAUCACAGAAUAUGGUUCCGACCUCGAAUAAUGCGCGAUGUUACCAAUGUCGACUUUUCUUCAACAAUUUUAGGCCAUAAAACUUCGAUGCCAAUCUAUAUUACUGCUACUGCGCUAGGGAAACUCGGUCACCCAGACGGUGAACUGAUCCUCACCAGAGCGGCCGCUCAACACGGUAUUAUCCAAAUGAUUCCUACCUUGGCUUCUUGCUCUUUUGAUGAAUUGGUCGACGGUGCUCAACCCGAACAAGUCCAAUUCUUCCAGCUGUACGUAAACAAGGACCGGGCUAUCACCAAACGAAUUGUUCAGCAUGCGGAGACGAGAGGCAUCAAAGCCCUUUUUAUAACUGUGGAUGCGCCACAGUUAGGUCGACGAGAGAAGGAUAUGCGACAAAAAUUUGAAGCCGAGGAUCCUGCUGAGGUCUCGAAAACCGGAAAGGACAAUGUAGAUCGCUCUCAGGGAGCUGCAAGAGCUAUCAGUUCUUUCAUCGAUCCGGGAUUGAAAUGGAGUGAUCUCGAUUGGUUCAAGAGUAUAACGAAAAUGCCUCUUAUCCUCAAGGGCGUACAAUGCUGGGAAGAUGCCUUAGAAGCUUACGACCAGGGGUUAGCAGGCGUGGUCCUCUCAAAUCAUGGUGGUCGUCAACUGGAUUUCGCUCGCUCCGGCAUUGAGAUUCUUGCCGAAUGCGUCAAGCAUCUGAAGGAAAAACGGGGUCUGACUUUCCCGAAUGAAAAAUUCCAGCUGUUUGUAGAUGGUGGAGUGAGGAGAGCAACAGAUGUUUUGAAGGCUAUCGCGUUAGGUGCCUCCGCUGUGGGUAUCGGACGCCCGUUCCUAUAUGCCUAUUCCGCGUAUGGUCCCGAUGGAGUUGACAGAGCUCUGCAGAUUCUUCAUGAUGAAUUCGAGAUGAACAUGCGAUUACUGGGAGCUCCAACUAUCAAAGACGUUGUACGCGAAAUGGUUGACGCGUCGAAUCUGAGCUCGCAUGUUGUCGCUGUGCCGAGUGAUUCGCUGUUUAACACAAACUGUACGGAGUUGAAGCUAUCCUGUUUAUUUGACGCUAAUAUCCGGAACGUAGACGAAGUCAUGCAGCAUGCGGUAUUGAAGCUGCCGCUAAAGGCCAAAAUAUGA